AUGUCGCAACAAGAUAUCAUAACUCAGGUAACGCCAGAAUCGACGUAUGCUAGCCCCUCUAUUACAAACAGCACGAACAGUACUGGUAAUACAACACUCGCACCCGGCGGCGCCAGCACCAAUACGGACGAUGCAGAUUACAACUCACUAAUUCAUUUGAAUGUACGCGGUAAGGAAUUCACCAUCACGAGAGACGAGUUGAUGAGUUUACCCGAGAGUAUUCUAUUAUGUCUUUUCCCCAAUGGCGUGUUUUUGGAUAUGAAUGGACAAAUAAUUACCAAUUUGACUGAGAAUGACGUUGUUUACGUCAAUUUCGAUCCGCAAUGUUUUCAAUACAUCAUCGACGUGUUUUCUAAAGCUCAGCAAGAGUUGGAAUCGCAGCCUGGAACUCUGGUGAACAACUUGUCAUUGUCAUACCCGGGAACUACACGAACACAACAAGAAAAUAUAUUGGAGACUAAGCCCGCAAUUAUUGUACUUCGAGAGGAUUUGGAUUUUUAUGUCAUCCCACCGGUAGCAGGCUUAAACAUGGAAGAAAUGAAGGUGUUGAAAAGAGGAGUAAGCGCGGAGCUACUCAAGAAUAAGCUAAUAUUUUCUGGAUUGGGCUAUAGAUUUGCCGAUCGGGAUUUGGAUACAUUGGGUGAAGAUGGGCUGCGGUUACAGGAUGCAAACGUGAAGCAAGAUAAUGCCAAGGGAGACGGGCUAGGGCCAGCAGAACAGCAUCUCUUUGACAUGUUGUGCAGCUCUGGAUUCGAAGUGAAGGAUAAAUGGGGGUCGCGAAGUUUGGAGCUUGGCAAGUGUGUUAUAUCAUCAUUGUCAUUGGUGCGUUUGAAAACUGCUAAACAGAGAAGAGAGGAAGCACUUAGUCUUACGCCAACACCUACAGGAACACCACCGGAUUCACCUUCGUUAACCCCAGUUGCAUCACAAGCGUCUAAUGGUAAUGGUAGUCGAUCCAGGUCGAGAUCGCGGAUAGCGCAGUUGGCAAACAGUGCCUCUAGGGCGGCAUCAAGAUCAUUAUCCAAAGGCCGGUCAAAAGUGGAUCCAAACCAAACUAAGCUACUUUUAUUUUGGAGGAAACCAGCAAGGAAGUGUUGGUGGUCUCAUGGGUGGAUUGAGAUUAUAGUUGAUGAUCCAAGCUUGAAACGCGUGGAUAAGCUAUUAAACAUGAAAGAAGGACACGCUGAUUCUAAUGGCAAAAUCAAAGUGAAAGUCCAUGUGAGAAGAGUGUGGACUUUGGAAUUGAGUGUUAUCGGUGUACAAUGA